UGGAGGGUCUCGAGCAUGGUUUUGCUUUGAGGACCGAGUCUAAGAAACUUCAUAAACCAAAGUACGAUGACAGAAGUCUGAAAUUUGCAUCCAUCAUAUUUGGAGGCAACUGAGCCGUAAGCGUCGCCGACGUGGAUGCUUCGAGGCUAUUCAACUGCAGCCACGGGGUGACUCAAGUUGAUUCAUCGAACAUCAAUCAAACCUAGGGUCUUUAACCCCCAUAAAACGCCAGGCCUCUGACGUUGGUUCUUUUUCACACUCAGUUUUCACUGUUCAUUGAGAAUCCAAAUCCUAGCAAAUUAGUCAAAACAACUCCAGCUACAUUUGUGACACAUCUCAGGCGUAACUGUCGCGGUAUAACAUAUUAUUUCCCAUCAGCAUGCCGGACCACAUCAGCGAUAAAAUUACACAAUGGCGGGACCAGGUCGACGCCAUGAAGGCUGCUAUUGCGGCCCUGGGUCUGCAAGACAACGCCAGGAAAACCACGAGUGUCUUGGCGAAUGGUGAUGGCGAGGAUGACCAGGACAACCUUUCCUCUCCAAUGAGCUCUGGCAUGGAUGGCCACGAUGUUUGGGACUUCAUCUCCGACGAGGAACUUGAUGAAAUCGACUUUGACGACAACGAUUAUUUAGAUGGCGCCCCAAACGGCGAUGGGCUCCCAGAUACACCGUACGGUCUUAGGUGGCUGACAAAAAAGUGCGAUGAGGUUGCCUCUAGAAAGAGCGGGCUCUCUUCAAAUCAUUUGCAGGACCAGAUCUCGACGUUUCUGGACUCGAGCAGAUCCGAAGACGAGCUGCAGUCAUCAUUGACCGACUUGAUUGGUUUUGAUGACUUGGAUUUUGUCAUAGAUCUCAUAUCCCACCGCAAGGAGGUCUCUGGUGCCGCUGCCGCCUCAAAAUCAGCAGACGCAACCUUCGUAGGGCCUGGCGGCACCCGGCUGCUCAAUAAAUCACAAAGAGAGGAUGUUUUACGCCAGCAGGACUUUAGACACAAAAACGGGGCCCUAGCAGCCGGCGUAUCCAAAGAGCCCCAGUACCCACAUGUGUACAGAGCCUUUAGUGCAGGCAACUCCUUGAACCACGCUGGAAAGCGGUAUGCUCUACCUGUUGGGAGCCAGAGAUUGGAGUUCCCCAAGUAUGAGGAGUACUUUAUCCCAGCAGGCAAACCCGGGGGCCUUUGGCCGGGACAGACUUUGGUAAAGAUAUCAGACCUUGAUGGUCUAUGCAGGCGCACUUUCAAGGGUUACCAAACACUCAACCGCAUGCAGAGUCUUGUGUAUCCGAUCGCCUACAAGACAAACGAGAACAUGCUUGUUUGCGCUCCCACCGGAGCGGGUAAAACCGAUGCUGCCAUGCUCACAAUAUUGCAUGCAAUUGGCCAAUACGUUACACCAAACCCUCUUCAGAAUACUACCGCAACGGACUUUGCGGUCCACACGGAGGACUUCAAGAUUGUAUAUGUAGCACCCAUGAAGGCCUUGGCCGCCGAGAUUACCGAGAAGCUAGGCAAACGACUCGCCUGGCUUGGAAUUCGCUGUCGGGAGUACACUGGUGAUAUGCACCUCACCAAGACCGAGAUUGUUCAAACACAAAUCAUCGUUACCACACCCGAGAAAUGGGACGUCGUAACCAGAAAGGGGACAGGGGACACGGAGCUCGUUCAAAAGGUCAGGCUACUGAUUAUUGAUGAGGUACAUAUGCUUCACGACGAGCGAGGUGCCGUCCUAGAGUCCUUGGUGGCCCGGACGGAAAGGCAAGUUGAAAGCACACAGUCCCUCAUCCGCAUUGUUGGGUUGAGCGCUACACUUCCCAACUUUAUCGACGUUGCCGACUUUCUCAAAGUCAACCGUAUGCAGGGGCUUUUUUAUUUCGACGCGUCCUUCCGCCCGGUUCCUUUGGAGCAGCAUUUUAUUGGGGUGAAGGGAAAGGCCGGAACAAAACAAUCCAGGGAAAACCUCGACGAAGUUGCAUUCGACAAAGUAAGGGAAAUGCUAGAAAAGGAUCACCAGGUCAUGGUAUUUGUGCACUCAAGAAGAGAUACGCUGCAAACCGCCAAGAUGCUACACGAAAGGGCCGUCGACCAAGCUUGUCUUGAUCUGUUUGAUCCGAGUAUGCACCCCAAGUACGACGCCGCCAUUCGCGACAUGAAGACCUGCAAGGCCAGAGAGCUUCGAGAUUUGGUGCCAAAAGGAAUGGGAAUUCACCAUGCUGGUAUGACGCGAUCGGACCGCAACCUGAUGGAGAGACUCUUUGCGGAGGGUGUCCUCAAAGUUCUUUGCUGUACGGCCACACUCGCCUGGGGUGUAAACUUGCCUGCGGCGGCAGUUGUCAUCAAAGGAACCCAAGUAUACAGCGCACAGGAGGGCAAGUUUGUCGAUCUCGGAAUCCUGGACGUCUUGCAGAUCUUUGGGCGUGCCGGUCGACCUCAGUUUGAGGAUACCGGUAUCGGAAUGAUUUGCACGACAGCCGACAAGCUUUCUCACUAUCUCACAGCCGUUACGGACCAGCUACCGAUCGAAUCGCGCUUUUCGUCCAAGCUUGUCGAUAAUCUCAACGCCGAGAUUGCCCUGGGAACCGUCACUUCGAUCCCGGAGGCGGUUCAAUGGAUCGGCUAUUCUUACCUCUACGUGCGAAUGAGAAAGAAUCCAAUGGCGUACGGCAUUAGCUGGGCCGAGUUUGAAGAAGACCCGGAACUUGUGCAGAGAAGAAGAACACUCGCCAUCCAAGCUGCCAGGACUUUGCAGGAGUGUCAGAUGGUGAUUUUCAACGAGACGACCGAAGAACUAAGAAGCAAGGAUAUUGGCCGUAUCGCCAGCCAAUAUUACAUUCUGCACACUAGUAUCCAAGUAUUCAACACCAUGAUGAGUCCGUACGCCACCGAGGCCGACGUGCUCAAGAUGAUUGCUAUGAGUGGAGAGUUUGACAACAUUCAGUCUAGAGACAGCGAGGCCAAGGAGUUGACGAGGAUGAAAGACAGCCGGGCGGCUGUGCCUUGCGACGUGGCAGGAGGUAUCGACACGCCUCAGGCCAAGACUAACAUCCUUCUACAGGCCUACAUUUCCAAGGUUCAGCCCGAAGAUUUUGCCCUCGGCAACGAUCUCAACUACGUGGCUCAGCAAGCCGGACGAAUUUGCAGGGCCAUCUUCAUGAUCGCCCUCAACCGUCGCUGGGGUCACCAGUGUCUGGUACUCCUGACCCUGGCAAAGUCCAUAGAGAAACGGGUCUGGCCUUUCCAACACCCUCUUCACCAGUUCGAGCUGCCAAAGCCUAUUCUCAAUCAACUCGAUGCCAAGGACUCGCUCAGUGUCGAGGCCAUGAGAGAUAUGGAGGCGGCAGAAAUAGGCGCCUUGGUCCACAACCAUGGUGCGGGAACCAAGUUGGCCAACAUGAUCAGCAACUUUCCGACAGUGAGCGUCGAAGCCGAAAUCGCACCUCUGAACAGAGAUGUGCUACGUAUCCGUCUCUUCAUCACGCCCGAUUUCCGGUGGAACGAUCGGUUGCACGGCACUUCCGAGUCUUAUUACAUUUGGGUCGAUAACUCGGAAACUUCCGAGAUCUAUCACCACGAGUUCUUCAUCCUCAGCCGUAGGAAGCUGUACGACGAUCAUGAGUUGAACUUUACAAUACCACUAUCCGACCCUCUUCCAACCCAAAUCUACGUACGCGCAGUUUCCGACAGGUGGCUGGGUGCUGAGACGGUAACUCCGGUCUCGUUUCAGCACCUCAUUAGACCCGACACCGAGAGCGUUUAUACGGAUCUGCUCAACCUUCAGCCACUUCCUAUUGGUGCUCUGAAGAAUCCAAUUUUGGAGCAUGUCUAUGCUCAACGCUUCCAGUAUUUCAACCCGAUGCAGACUCAGAUAUUCCACACGCUAUACCACACCCCAGCAAAUGUUCUCCUGGGUUCACCAACCGGCAGCGGCAAGACAGUAGCUGCUGAAUUGGCCAUGUGGUGGGCCUUUCGGGAACGUCCCGGUUCCAAGGUAGUCUACAUCGCACCCAUGAAGGCGCUCGUCCGCGAACGAGUCAAAGACUGGGGUGCUCGUCUGGCCCAGCCGAUGGGUCUCAAGCUCGUCGAGUUGACAGGAGACAACACUCCUGAUACGCGGACCAUCAAGGAUGCAGAUGUGAUCAUAACAACUCCGGAGAAGUGGGACGGAAUCUCGCGUAGCUGGCAGACUAGAGGCUACGUCCGCCAAGUCAGCUUGGUCAUCAUUGACGAGAUCCAUCUGCUGGCUGGUGAUCGUGGCCCUAUUCUCGAGAUCAUCGUCUCGCGUAUGAACUACAUUGCCGCGUCGACCAAGAACUCGGUCCGUCUGCUUGGAAUGUCGACGGCCUGUGCAAACGCGACAGACCUUGGCAACUGGCUGGGAGUCAAGGAAGGACUCUUCAACUUUAGGCAUUCGGUACGACCAGUGCCACUGGAGCUCUAUAUUGACGGCUUCCCCGAGGUCCGAGGCUUCUGUCCUCUGAUGCAGUCUAUGAACCGGCCCACGUUUCUUGCGGUUAAAAAUCACAGCCCGACCAAGCCGGUCAUCGUCUUUGUGCCGUCUCGUCGUCAGACUCGCCUCACCGCAAAGGACCUCAUCAACAUGUGCGGCAUGGAGGACAACCCGAGGCGCUUUCUCAACAUGGAUGAGGAUGACUUGCAGCUGAACCUGACGCGCGUCAAGGAUGACGCCCUGAAGGAGGCCAUUAGCUUCGGCAUCGGACUGCACCAUGCGGGUCUUGUGGAGUCGGAUAGGCAGCUAGCCGAGGAGCUAUUCCUCAACAACAAGAUACAGAUUCUCGUAGCCACGAGUACAUUGGCGUGGGGAGUCAAUCUCCCGGCACACCUCGUUGUAGUCAAGGGCACGCAAUUUUACGAUGCCAAGAUCGAAGGCUACAAGGACAUGGACUUGACCGAUGUCCUCCAGAUGCUCGGACGAGCCGGCCGGCCGCAGUUUGAUAACUCUGGCGUGGCCCGAAUCUUCACACAGGACUCCAAGAAGGACUUCUAUAAGCACUUCCUGCACACUGGAUUCCCUGUCGAGAGCUCAUUGCACACCGUUUUGGACAAUCACUUGUGCGCCGAAAUCUCUGCCGAGACCAUAAUCACGAAGCAAGAUGCGCUUGACUACCUUACUUGGACCUUCUUCUUCCGCCGACUGCACAAGAACCCGUCCUACUACGGCCUGGAGAUACCCGUCGAGGAGCAAACUAGCAUAGCAGCACAACAGGCUGCCAACGACUAUAUCAUCUCUAUGAUUGAUAGUUCCCUCGACGAGCUUGCCACCUCCAAGUGUGUCGAGGUCUACCCCAACGGGGACGUCGAUCCUACACCACUCGGCAAGAUCAUGAGUUAUUAUUACCUCUCCCACAAAACCAUCCGUAGCCUCGUGAAAAAUGCCAAAGCUGGUGCUACAUUUGCCGACGUCCUCUCGUGGAUGUGCCGAGCUAUCGAGUAUGACGAGCUUCCUGUCAGACACAACGAAGACCUCAUAAACAUCGAGCUUUCCAAGGCACUCCCUAUUGCUACCGAUCUCUUUGGGAGUCUGCCCAUGUGGGACCCGCAUGUAAAGGCUUUUCUUCUGCUUCAGGCGCACAUGUCCCGAAUUCCUCUCCCAAUCACGGAUUACGUGGGCGAUCAAACCAGUGUUCUCGACCAAGCAAUCCGAAUUAUCCAGGCCUCGAUUGACGUUCUGACGGAGCUGGGGCACCUUUCAAGUUGCCUCGAGAUGAUCAAGCUACUUCAGUGCAUCAAGUCUGCUCGUUGGCCCACCGAUUCCCCCUUGGCGAUCCUGCCUGGGCUUGAACCCGAAUCGCUUGCCACAAAAGGUAACAAGGGGAGUGUGACGCUGGGAAAGCUGGCAAGCUUGCCAAACAAACAAUUGGGCAGUGCUAUCAAGGAAUUGGGCGUUCCAGCUAGCCAGCAGAAUAAGUUUCAGAAGGCUGUAUCAAUGCUUCCAGACCUUUCCGUUAAAGUCGAGGAUAUCACGGCUGCAUCUUUAUCAGUGGUUCUGCGGCGAGCCAAUCCUCUGGUGGACCGUGAAGCAAGAGUAUAUGCGCCAAAGUAUCCCAAGCCACAGACUGAGGGCUGGCUGGUUCUAGUUGGCGAUAUUGCAACCGAUGAUGUCGUCGCCGUUAAGCGUGUCGGUUGGUCAGGGGGUCAGGGGGCAGGAGGUAAGGGGGCAGGGUCUCCGGGAACAGGUGUGGGGGCGAGGCCUACUGCGAAAGCCGUCAUCAGGCUUCCUGACCCGGAUCCCCAGAGUAUUGCUGGGAGGGAAGGCAGGAAACUGGAUGUGAUUGUUGUCAGCGACGCUUAUUUGGGGUUGGAGUACCGUACUAGCAUACAUGUGCCGGCCCUGCCUAGUGUUGAUGGCAUAAGCAAGAAGUAGUUAUAUAACGUUGAUUUUGGUCGAUUCGCUAUGGAUAUCUACAAUCAACAGCAAAAAGAUAAACUGCAAGUCAAACCCCCAACAAACGCGUCUGCACACCAAUCCCG